AUGCUGGCCCGCGCCCUGGUGCUCUGCGCCGCCCUGGCGCUCAGCGGUGCAGCAAAUCCUUGCUGUUCCAACCCAUGUCAAAACAAAGGUGUAUGUAUGAGUGUUGGAUUUGACCAGUACAAGUGUGACUGUACCCGAACAGGAUUCUACGGUGAAAACUGUUCAACACCUGAAUUUCUGACGAGAAUAAAAUUAUACCUGAAACCCACUCCAAACACAGUGCACUACAUACUUACCCACUUCAAGGGUGUCUGGAACAUCGUUAAUAAUAUUCCCUUCUUGAGAAAUGCAAUUAUGAAAUAUGUGCUGACAUCCAGAUCACAUUUGGUUGACAGCCCUCCAACUUACAAUGCACACUAUGGCUACAAAAGCUGGGAAGCCUUUUCUAAUCUCUCCUAUUAUACCAGAGUUCUUCCCCCUGUGGCUCACGACUGCCCAACUCCCAUGGGUGUGAAAGGGAAGAAAGAGCUUCCUGCUUCAGAAGUGAUUGUGGAAAAAUUUCUCCUAAGAAGAAAGUUUGUCCCUGAUCCCCAGGGCACAAAUUUGAUGUUUGCAUUCUUUGCCCAGCACUUCACCCAUCAAUUUUUCAAGACAGAUCAUAAGCGAGGACCAGCUUUCACCAAAGGACUGGGUCAUGGGGUGGAUUUAAAUCAUAUUUAUGGUGAAACUUUGGAUAGACAGCAUAAACUGCGCCUUUUCAAGGAUGGAAAACUGAAAUAUCAGAUAAUUGAUGGAGAGAUGUAUCCUCCCACAGUCAAAGAUACUCAGGUGGAGAUGAUCUAUCCCCCUCACGUCCCUGAACACCUGCGGUUUGCUGUGGGGCAGGAAGUGUUUGGUCUGGUGCCUGGUCUGAUGAUGUACGCCACAAUUUGGCUGCGAGAGCAUAACAGAGUGUGUGAUGUGCUUAAACAGGAGCAUCCAGAAUGGGAUGACGAGCGUUUGUUCCAGACAAGCAGGCUGAUACUGAUAGGAGAAACUAUUAAGAUCGUGAUUGAAGACUACGUACAACACUUGAGUGGAUAUCACUUCAAACUGAGGUUUGACCCAGAGCUCCUUUUCAAUCAACAAUUCCAGUACCAAAACCGUAUUGCUGCUGAGUUUAACACACUCUACCACUGGCAUCCCCUUUUGCCUGACACCUUUCAGAUCGAAGACCAAGAGUACGACUAUCGACAGUUUAUCUACAACAACUCCAUAUUACUGGAACAUGGGCUUACCCAGUUUGUUGAAUCAUUCAGUAGGCAAAUUGCUGGCAGGGUUGCUGGUGGUAGGAAUUUUCCAGCUGCAAUACAAUAUGUAGCAAAGGCUUCCAUCGACCAGAGCAGACAGAUGAAAUACCAGGCUCUCAAUGAGUACCGCAAACGCUUUCUGAUGAAGCCCUAUGAAUCAUUUGAAGAACUUACAGGAGAGAAGGAAAUGGCUGCGGAGUUAGAAGCACUUUAUGGUGACAUUGAUGCCAUGGAGCUGUAUCCUGCCCUUCUGGUUGAAAAGCCUCGUCCAGAUGCCAUCUUUGGUGAGACCAUGGUGGAACUUGGAGCACCUUUCUCCUUGAAAGGACUUAUGGGUAAUGCUAUAUGUUCUCCUCACUACUGGAAGCCUAGCACUUUUGGUGGAGAAGUAGGUUUUAAAAUCAUCAACACCGCCUCAAUUCAGUCUCUCAUCUGCAAUAAUGUGAAAGGCUGUCCUUCGACUUCGUUCAGUGUUCAAGAUCCACCGCCCACCAAAGCAGUCACCAUUCGUGCAAGCCCUUCCCAUUCUGGACUAGAUGAUAUCAAUCCUACAGUACUACUAAAAGGACGUUCAACUGAACUGUAGAAGCCUACUGAUCAUAUUUAUUUAUUUAUAUAAAUGAUUCCUUUUAAUUAUUUAAUAUUUAUAUUAAACUCCUGAUGUGACUUAAUAUCUGUUAAGGAGAAAGGGUUAUACUUGUGAAGAUUUUCAUGUCGCUAAUUUAAAGAUGUCUUUUCUUCAAGUAAAAGGGAAAAACAUUGCCUUGCUUUUUUUAUAGACCGAUGGGAAAUGAAUUUGACAUCUUUUUACUUGAAUUUCAAUUUAGAUUGUUAUAAUAAGAACCGAAGCAGUUUGAAUAUUGAAAUGCUGUUACAAGAUGGCAGAAUGCUGCAAGUUUCUUUCUACACUAUCGAUACUUAACAGUGUAUCUCUCAUGAUACACUAGAACCAACUACCUGCACACUGUUCCUUUAUUUUAUUCUUUUAGCCAUUUCGCUAACAGAAACUCAUCUGAUCAGUUUACUUCUUCUAUUUUGUUUUCCUGGUUUAAGAUCUGAGUUCAUCUUUCUUUGGACUCUGUUUAUAUUUUCUUACCUGAACUUUUGCAAGUUUUCAGGAAAACCUCAGCUCAGGACUACUAGUUAGCUCCUCUUAAAAGAAAUAAAAGAAAAUGAAAGCCCUUGAAAAAGGCCUUGACAAAAGGCAUCCUCGUAUUUUAAGUGAAAGGCAGAGAACUUUGUAAUUAAUUUUAAAUUUGCGUAACCAAAGAAGCCUACAAAGAGGCCAAUACCUUAGAAAGAGCUGUGGGGCUCCUGAUGGAAAGAAAGUUAUAUUUCUAUUCUAAUGAAUGUCCUAUCUCCUUUAAAAAAAGCAAAUAAUUCCUGAAUAAUUCCCAGGAAUAUAAUGCUUCUUCUUUUCCACAUCUCAUUGUCAUCAGACACUUUCUGGUACUGUACAUUAGUUAAUUUAUUGAGGAUUGUUAUUUAUAUUUUGUUAGGACACUAUUGUUAAAAAUUGAGUUAAAGCCUGUAAUUACUGAUUUUUUUUAAAUUUUAUUUUAUUAUUUUAUUUUAUUUUAUUUGCAUUAUUGUCAGAAUCACUAUAUCUUCUUUGGGAUUACCUCUCUGAACUAUUUUUGAGUUCGACAGAUUACCUCCCUGAAUCAUGAGAAAUUAGUGGAUGAAGAUGUGUGAAUAAAUUUUCAGGAACCCAACUCCGAUACACUGAGUUUUAUAAGGUUGGAAUUUUUGUCUGUAAGGUUUACCUAUACACCAGCCCACAGAGAAUAUUGUGUCUCAUUAGUCUGGAUGUGCCCUGAGACUGACCUUUUAUAUACUUUUUUAAGAACCUGUGGAUGCUUCAUUAACUAAUUCAGCCAUAACGUAUUGAGGAGACAUUCUGUGCAAAGCACUAUAGAUUUUAAUAUUUUAAAAUCGAGCACUGAUUAUGGACAUUAGUAUUUGUGUAAAUAAUUAAAAGCAUGUCUAUUAGGCAAAGGGAGAAAAUGAAAUUUCACUAAAGAGAAAUAACUCAGGGAAAUUUUUCUUUAAGAUUUUAUGUCUAAAAGGUUUAUGGUUAAAAAAGAAAUAGUCACCAUUAGAAAUGCUUGAAUAAAUAAAACUGUUAACAUCACUGAUUUAAAAACUGAUUUGUUAUUAACAUCAACCUGUCUAGGAAUUUGGAAUGUGUAUGUGAAUGUUUUAGUGCCUCAGAAAAAUGUGUAUUUAAAUUAACUUAUGUAAAAUAUCGAUGUUGAUAUUUGUCUAUGUAUUUUUAUACUAUUUAAAAAUUGAAAACUUUCUUCUAAAAUAAAUUUUGACUGUUUCUAA